GUUUUAACAUACAGUACACACACAGUUGGGCGUUAGAUCAUGCUAACUGCAUCUGACAGUGCAGAGGUGGAGGGAGCUGUCCAAAUGUGAGACGGGCGCCGAAGGAAUCACAGAAUUGCAGGGGGCGUGUGAUGCAUUCGGCUAUUUCCCCACGGGAGGAGCUGCUCCGAUGUUGCUAGCACUGGCCGGAAUAUCAGUGACCAGCGCUUAUCGAAGAAUCAGCAGCGACCAGUUUGCGAACGUGGUGCAGAUUCACCCCGGGGACAGAGACACUGCCCACGGAGACGGGCUGAGGCAUGCAAUCACAUUAGAGGAGAAAGGAUCUGUGGAAAACUCCCUACGUUCUCUCUCUCUCUCUCUCUCUCCCUUGCUGAAACUUUCAGCAGAAAUCCGAACCCACCGCUCUUGGUGGAGAAGAAGAGAUAGAAAUCUAACAGUGGGGAGCCUGAGCAUGGGGACAGGGAGCCGGGUGUUACUCCUGCUGCUGGCCGGGCUGGUGCAAGGGGAGGUGGUCCAGGAUUUUGACAAGUGCAGCUGGUUUUUCCAGGGUGGGAUCCCUCCUCGCGGAUUCGAGAGUCAAAACUGGAUCAAAAUCUGCCAGCGGUUUAAGAAUCAUUACCACUAUGCCACUCUGUACAACAGCGGGCUGCGGAUCCCAGUCUACUCCGCCUACAGGUACCCCUGCACUAUGGGCCAGAGUGCAGGCUACAGACCCAGCCCUUGGUUUUACGAACCGCAGAUCGAUGAUCCUGCUGCGGCAAGUGAAAUGAAGAGUUGCACUGUGCCUUCCAGUGCCCUUCAGGCAGUUGAGUCAGAUUACAAGAAUGGACAAUAUGAGCGAGGCCAUCUGUACCCGUUCAAGCUGAAUGAUAAGGAGAGUGCCACGAGUACCUGUACCCUCACUAACGCGGUACCCGAAAGUCACGGAGCCAAUGUCAGGUGGCUUCACCAGGUGGAAUCCUUGGUCCGGAAGCUGGCACAGAUAUGCCACCAGUCCAAACGGACAAUGCACGUGGUCACAGGUGCUGCCAAGCCGACACAAGUGAAAAUGAACAACAGAGUAUCGGUGCCCGGUCUGGUCUGGACUGCUCUUUGCUGCACCAUUCCACAGGAUCCAAAUAAUGAUCCUGGUCCAAGUGGCAAUGUGGUUUCAGAGGAAAUGGUCACACCAACAUACAAUAAAGACUUUUCUUUUGCAUUUAUGAAAAACAUGGAACCAGAAGCAGAUGCAGAGCACCUGACAGUGAGGGAGGUACAGGAAAGACUGGGAGUGGGCAAGAUUUUUGACACCUGCAGGGGAACAACUAAACACGAUGAAGAAGAGACCUUCAAGGAGGUGGGAGCAUUGGUGUCCAACCUGGUAACUAUUAUAGAUGAUCAGGAGGACAAUUCUCUCCCGAUACCAGCAGAAGAGGACCCAACAGCUGAUAGUGAUGAUUUGGCAACACAGCAAACUGAUACACCGUUGGAACCAACCAGCAAAGAGGUUGAUGAAGUCUGCCAGUCUACCAUCACUAAUGCCUUGGCCCCAGUUGGAAGAAUGAUCACCUUGGUCACCAAUGGGAUAUCAGCCUUUGCCAGACUCAUCACAACUGUUAUCAACGUAGCUCGAAUUUUGACGGUGACCAUUUUGAGAGUCCCCAUGGGGAUUAUCCACGACUGUGCCAGCUGCUUGACCAUCAUGGUCAAGUAUCUAAUCGUCAUGGUGGCCACGGUUCCCCAAGACCUCUUGGGUAUCGUGGGCAGCAUUGUAUCGGACACUGCGGGUAUCAUUGCAUGGUCUGCCAGGUUGAUCAAAUAUCUUGUCAGAAUUCUAUAAUUCUGUGCAGAUUGAAUGGUUAGAUCUCCAGAUAAUACCAAAUUGAGACAUUCUGUGUCAAUAAUCCCGACCGCAAGGAGUCAUCACUUACAACCAGCCCUACCACUACCCCCAACCAUUAAAACACUUGCUCCUAAAACCCAUAACCUCACCAACAUCUCAAUAAGUGUGUUGCCACUGAGUUCUGAAACCCAGGCAAACUCUGCCUGGGUCAAUAUUUAUCCUCUAACUAACAUCUCUAAAAUGAAUUUUUCUGGAUGAUAUUUAGUUUGCUUACUUGGGCCCAUUUGCUGUGCAUUAUGUAUAUUACAACAGUGAGCACGCUCAUUCGUUGGCUGAAAAGUGCUUUAGAACAUCCUAAAAACUUGAAAGAUCCUACAUCUUUCGGUAUUGGGAUGCAAAUUCCCCUAAUGUAGGCAUUGAGAUUAUUGGCCGAUCAGUAAUAUAAGUGAAGAAGUCCUUCCUGUUUAACCAUUGUUUGUUCCUAACGCAAUAUAUUUGUAGAAAUGAGGUAUAUAAUUAAGUGACUGUUGGGUGUUGGAUUUGGACGAAGCAGGUGCUACAAUACAUGUAGGAAAUGGAGCUAAACAAACCCCUUACAACCAUGAGGUCCUCGAAAAGCACUACAAUAUUGUGGCUUCCUUUUCAACAUGAUUUGUAAAACUUAAGCUUGUCAGUUGUCCAAUGAAUGCUUAGUUUCUUUCCUAUUUUGGGGGUGUUUGAGAGGUGGGAGCUUUGAAGCUAAGUGGGUCUGCUGGGUCAGGCAUAUCUGGUUCUCAAUUGUUGUUGCUAGAUUCAACCAUUAGCAGCAGGCUUGACAGUCUGAUAGGUAAGCCAGGUAGAUCAAACAGUAUUUCAGAAAACUGUCAUGGUCCCGUUAAUAAUCCAAGAUUCACAACCUAUCUUGGAUCAUUAAUAGACAUGUGCAGAAAAUUUUCACGCAUUUCUGUGCGUUCUAACAGGUAAAACAAUCCCAGUUGGGGAAUAAGUUUAAUAUCCUGCUACUUGCAGUGCUGGUGCAGUGGCUGCAACUGCUUAAACUCUACCUGUAUGUGAGUGAGACACCCAGAAGUUUGAGUGUUCCAACUUGCAGCUGAGGUCUCCCUGAACUCACAGUCUCUAACAGCUGGAAAGAGUAGGACAGUAAUUGCACAGCAACACCAUCACAUCCAAGAACCCCCUGCAAAUCCCUCUUGGGUAUGCAUUGUUCAAUUCCUUUAUCCUCGCUGAAUUAAAAUCCUUGAACUCCCUCCCUGACAGCACUGUGGAGCAGCUUGACCAUACAGUCUGUAGCAUUUUAAGCUUAUGGUUCACGCGCACCUUCUCAAGGGCAGCAUUGGGCAAUAAAUACUGGCCUUGCCAACAGCAUUCAGCAUCCAAAAAGGAAUGUUAAGACAUUUGGAGAUGUCCUGUGCACUUCAUUAUCAAAUGAACAAAAUUGCUGUGGGGCAAGGCUUCAGUAGCUAUAGUCAGAAACAGAGUCAUGGAUUUUAAUGCAUGUUAAUACGCUUGAUUGACUAAGUGUGACACUUACACGCAUGAAGCAUUUUAACUCAUGUGAUUACAUAUCGAGUCAAGCUUUGUUAUUCCAAACUAUUAGCAGUCAUAAACACAAAGCAGUGACUGUUUGGAGCAGGCUGCCUAGGUGAAAGCUAAUAUUGCAAAUUCAAGUGGCUGCAUGUUGACAGAAAAUGAGAUUGAAAUGUAUGAGAGUAGUGUUUGGGGCUUAUUGGAGUUGGGAACUGGUCAGAUGGAUGACAAUGAACUCUCCUGAUCCUCAACCUUUAAAAUGAUUCUUUGUCCUACGUGAUCGCUCUUUAUACAUAUAUUUAUACAGGAAACGGGUUUCUCGGUGACUGUGCUGGGGUCGUUUGGGAAAAUUCUUCUCCACUUUAUUUUUGUACAUUGUACCGUCAAAAACUUCCGCGUUAGAAGUAGCAGAUAUUUAGAAACCGUGAAGGGUCUAGGCCCGAAACGUCAGCUUUCCUGCUCCUCUGAUGCUGCUUGGCCUGCUGUGUUCAUCCAGCUCCACACCUUGUUAUCUCGGUUUUACAGCUAUCAUUUUUCAUUGUAAUUACUUGCAGGGACUGAACUCAUGCCGGAAUCUGCACGUGUGCACCAGUGCUGGGUGUUCACUGGAUGUUAUGCAUUUGGAUUGUCGUCAGGCGUUCAGUUGGAAGCCAUGUGGCAACUUGUUACUUGUGCAUAGGCUACGGCAAGGCUAUACGUGGGAUAUUUUAUGCAGUUUUAGCCUCCAUAUUUAAGAAAAGAUGUACCUACCUGCUGUGGUCCAGCAAAGGUCCAGUAGAAUGGUCUUGGGGAUGUGGGGGUUGGCCAACGAUGAGAGGCUAAGUAAAUUGACUUGAUAUUCCCUGGAGUUUAGAAGAAUGAGAGGUGAUCACAUUGAAACAAGAUUCUGAAGGGGCAUGACAGGAUAUACAGUGAGAGAUUGUUUCUGCAGGUUGAGGGAUUGAUAAAACGGGGGCACAGUCUCCAAGUAAGGGCCUCAUCUUUUAGGACCAUGAAGGCAAGUAACUUGGUCACUCAGAGGAUUGUGGGUGCCUGCAUCUUUUGAUUUCUCAUGGAAUCAGGGAAUGUUGAGAGUAGAUGGGAAAGUGGAGUCGAAGCCACUAAGAUAUUGAAUGGCAGAGCAGGCUUGAUGCUGAAUGGUCUACUUCUGCCCUGACCUCCUAUGAUUUUUCAAAUCGUUGAGCAGAUGAUUGAUAAGACACAGCAAGACUUACGCACUGAACUCACAUAACUCGAUCGGAGCAACUUCUCCGUUUGUGAUAAAAGUGCACAUUUCACCAGCUCACAAUCAGUACUUGCCUUAAAAACGUAACUUUGAAUUAUCCUGCUUAUUCGAGCCUUUUUGCAAUCUUUCCUGAAUUGAACUGCCUUCGGUUUAAGCAAAACUGACUGUGCUGUAGUUCAGUGGGAAGCUUCCGAUUUUAUAUCCCAGCCCAGGUCUUGAGCCCAAAAUUCCAGGCUGACAUUCCAGUGGCAGUACUGAGGGGCUGCUGCGCGAGUGGAGAUGAUGACUUUCAGACAGAGUUUUAAAGAAGACACCCUAUACCUCAUUAGAUAGAUUUAAAAGGUUUCAUUCCUUGCGUUAACAAGGUGUAGAGCUCGAUGAACACAGCAGGCCAGGCAGCAUAAGAGCGGCAGGAAAGUUGCUGGACCUGGAUCCUUCCCGAAACGUCAGCCUUCCUGCUCCUCUGAUGCUGCUUGGCCUGCUGUGUUCAUCCAGCCCCACACUUUGUUAUCUUGGAUUCUCCAGCAUCUGCAGUUCCCAUUAUCUCUGAUCGCAAUUUUAACAAGACGUUCCUGCUGGUUCUGGCCAAUGCUUAUUAGCAUCUCAAAAGAAAAGAUUAUCUGGCCAUUGUCACAUUGCGGUAUGCAAGAUUCACAAAUUGUCCACUGUGUUUCCGAUAUUACAGCAGCAACUAGGCUUGAGAGAGCACUCGCAGCCUCUGAAGGUCUUUGAUAAAAUCCUAUGAUCCUAAGAGCUGUACAUACGUAACAUUCUGUUAAUCCAGCCUUACUGUACCUGGGAUAACAAGGUGUGGAGCUGGAUGAACACAGGAGGCCAAGCAGCAUCUUAGGAGCACAAAAGCUGACGUUUCGGGCCUAGACCCUUCAGAAAAGGGGGAUAGGGAGAGGGUUCUGAAAUAGAUAGGGAGAGAGGGGGAGGUGGAUUGAAGAUGGCUAGAGGAGAAGGUAGGUGGAGAGGAAAGUAUAGGUGGGGAGGUAGGGAGAUGAUAGGGCAAUCCGGGGAGGACGGACAGGUCAAGGGGGCGGGAUGAGGUUAGUAGGUAGGAAAUGGAGGUGCGGCUUGAGGUGGGAGGAGGGGCUAGGUGAGAGGAAGAACAGGUUAGGGAGGCGGGGAUGAGCUGGGCUGGUUUUGGGAUGCAGUGGGGGGGAGGGGAGAUUUUGUGGCUUACUGUACCUGGUCUGCUCGUCCUCUCCCUCUGUUUUUAUUAUUGCAUUCGAUUCAGGCUAAAGGGUUUAAAAAUUCAGCAGGCCAAGUCAGGCUAAAUAAUUCCCGGAUACGUUCGUGGAAUUAUUUCCUGUCAUUUGUGUGCCUAUCCCAUCUCCAAAGCUACGUGAAUGCACUUUGCUUAUAACCUUUUCUUUGCCAAAUUAUUUAAGUGGAAAAAUGGUGAAAAAGGAAAAACAAAUCUGAAGGUUAAUGACAAAAAUUCAAGCAGAUGCCAUUGAAACGAAUUGGUAAUCUGAGUAGGAAGCCAUUUGAAGGAUUGUAAACUGAGCCAUUGUAUUUUUUUAAAUUUGUGUCUCCCCCUCUAAUCAGUGUUAGGCCACUGACCUUUCCAAUGUGUGUAAAAGAUCUGGCCUAUCAUGAGCAAAUAAAGUCACUAUAAUCCCA